AUGAGCUCCCGGAGAGGUACCGUGGGCGGGGGGUCGUCUUGGUCCCCCGAGGACGCGGGGUUGGCGGGGCGGGUGGGUGGGUGGCCGGGGUCUCCCCGUCCUUCUCCUCACGGGGAGCGUGAGGCGCCGCCGCCGCCGCCGCCGCCGCCGCCUCUCCGCUCACCGGCCUCUCUCUCUCUCUCUCGCCCAGCAGUGCUGGCCCUGCAGGCCCGGAGGCGCCGCGCCAAGCACCCUGCGCCGCCCGGCAGGAAAGAAAAGCACCCGCCGCCUCCGCCGCCGCCACACAAAAAGUGAGUUUCUUAUCCCUGGGGGGGGGGGGGAGCGCGCCUUUUGCGCGCCUUCGCGGCCCCGUCGCCUCCUCCGGGAAGCUCCGUCUCCUUGCUGGGCAAACUCUUCUCCCGCCUGGCGGUGGGAGCCCGUACUUUUUUAUAUAUAUUUUCUGCCGCCUCGUUGACACGCGUUUUCCUUUUCCUGGCACUGUUGGGGAUCUUUGCGUGUUUGCGCCUCUCGCCGCAGCAGCCGUUUCUGGUCAGGGCGGCCGGAUCUCAACGGGCACGGAGGAUUUUCUGUGUUUGUGGGUCAGGCUCGCUAG